AUGAGAGCACGAAAGACCAGGAGGAAGAAGAGUUAUAGGUGGAAUUUUGCGCCAGUAGGACUGGAUGAUUCUCUGCCAGAAGUAGAAGAUCCUUUACAGGAAAUAAACUUAGGGACAGAAGAGGAUCCAAGACCUACUUUUAUUAGCGCACUAUUGAAAGAACCGCUCAAGAGUCUAGACAGGGAAUUAGUGGAGCACAAGCUGCCAAUCAAAGAGGGAUACCUUCCAGUCAAACAGGCCAGAAGAAGAAUGUCCAUGGACACAGAACUGAAGGUCAAAGAAGAAAUAGAAAGAAAUCUAAAUGAAGCUUCUCCCAAGGAUGAGUACCCUAUGCCAAUGGCAGACAUGCUAGUAGAUGGAGCUGCUCACAACCAGAUGCUAUCUUUUAUGGAUGGCAAUGCAGGUUACAAUCAGAUCAUGGUGGCGGAAGGAGACAUCCACAAAACAGCCUUCAUGUGUCCAGGACAUAUAGGCGCUUUUGAGUACACUGUAAUGCCUUUUGGCUUAAGAAAUACAGGGGCUACUUAUCAAAGGGCAAUGAAUUCUGUCUUCCAUGAUAUGAUAGGACAUUCUUUGGAAGUGUAUAUCGAUGAUGUAGUGAUUAAAUCCCCAGAAGAGGGAAACCACAUACCAAAUCUAAGAAGGGCAUUCCUAAGAAUGAGGCAGCACAAACUAAAGAUGAACCCAAAGAAAUGUGUUUUUGGAGUUCAAGCAGGAAAUUUCCUAGGAUUCUUGGUCCACCAGAGAGGCAUAGAAAUCAACAAAAACAAAGCAAAAUCCAUCAUAGAAGCUCUGCCGCCUAGAAACAAGAAAGAAUUGCAGAGUCUCUUAGGAAAAAUUAAUUUUUUAAGGAGAUUCAUAUCCAAUUCUGCAGGAAAGAUCCAGCCUUUCUCCUCUUUGUUAAGAUUGAAACAGGAACAGACCUUCAAGUGGGAAGAACAGCACCAACAAGCUUUUGAGGAAAUCAAGCAUUACCUCUCAAAUCCACCAGUUCUGUCCCCACCAAAGAGAGGCAGACCACUCAAGCUCUAUGUAUCUGCAUCAGAAGUAUUCAUUGGGAGUCUGUUGGUUCAAGAUAACAAGGAAGGGAAGGAAUAG